AUGGCCUGGGCCCUGGUGGGGGCUUUCCUCUGCGGAUCCUUGCUGGGCUUCGUGUGCCUGAGCGGGCUAGCCGUGGAGGUGACCGUGCCCACUGAGCCACUGAGCAUGCCUAAGGGCAAGACAGCAGAGCUGAGCUGCAGGUACAGCACGUCCGUGGGGGAUAACUUCGCCUUGGAGUGGAGCUUUGUGCAGCCUGGGAAACCCAUCUCUGCGUCUCUUCCCAUACUGUACUUCACCAAUGACCACCUGUAUCCCACCGGCUCUAAAGCAGAUCGGGCCAGUCUUCUCCACAACCCCCCCACAGGAGGAGUGGCUACUCUGAAACUGACUGACCUCCGCCCCUCAGACACUGGAACCUACCUCUGCAACGUUAACAACCCACCAGAUUUCUACACCAAUGGGUUGGGGUUAAUCAACCUUACCGUGCUUGUGGCCCCCAGUGAGCCCUUAUGCAGCCACAGUGGGCAAACCUCUGUGGGAGGUUCUGUUGCACUGAGAUGCAGCUCCUCCGAGGGAGCGCCCAAGCCAGUGUACAACUGGGUCCGGCUUGGAUCUUCUCCUACACCUCCUCCUGGUAACAUGGUUCAAGAUGAAGUGUCUGGCCAGCUCAUUCUCACCAAUCUCUCCCUGACCUCCUCUGGCACCUACCGUUGUGUGGCCAGCAACCAGAUGGGCAGUGCCUCCUGUGAGCUGGACCUCUCAGUGACUGACUCAUCUGAAGGCCGAGUGGCCGGGACGCUGAUUGGGGUGCUCCUGGGUGUGUUGCUGCUGUCAGUCACCGCAUUCUGCCUGAUCAGGUUCCAGAAAGAGAGGAAGAAGGAGCCCAAGGAGACAUACAGGGGUAGUGACCUUCGGGAGGAUGCCACCGCACCUGGGAUUUCUGAGCAAGCUUCUAGGAGGGCCGAUUUCAGCAAAGGGCUCCUGGAGAAGUCCCCAUCCGCCAGCAUGGUGACAACCAAGUCCAAACUCUCUAUGGUUGUCUGA